AAACAACUUUCAAAGUGUAUUUAAGUCUAUCUUAUCGAAACCCGUCGAAGCAUCGCGAUUGCAUUCACUUGAUUGAACAUGCGUUAAAACACUUUGAUGAUGGCAUGCUUGAACCAUGUGUUACGUAUUCUAGCAUUGUGUGCACUUACUUCGAUUUGUUAUGCAGAGGAAAAUUCCGCGAAGACGAAGCAUGUACUAACGAAAGGUGAAAAACUGAAAAAGGCGAAAGCUUUAAACAACACACGGGAAUUAACGAAGACACAGUAUAGUGGAAAGUUUAUUAUGCAUUAUUCUGGUACAAAAGAUUCAGCGGUCAAACUUGGCGAAAAACAUGGAUUCGAGUUCGUGAAAAAGAUCUGUAACGGAUACUUCAAGUUCAAGGAUACAAAAACUCCUUCUCGAUCAGUCGUGAAAGUCGAACAUAUGAUGAAAAACAGUGACAACAAGCUGAAAAACUUCACUGAAGAAACAUUGGCCCAUCCGAAGGCAUUAUCGGUGACCCCGGAACCCUUGUUGUCCUUCAAUGUGACGGAUGCAUACUGGUCCAGACAGUGGCAUUUGCAACCAUCAAAAACACCAUCUAUGGGUGUAUACGAAGCCUGGGAGAGAGGAUACACGGGUAAUGGAGUGGUCAUGGCUAUAGUAGAUGACGGUAUGGACACCGAGCACACGGAUCUAGUGGACAAUUAUGAUGCUACACUGAGCCAUAACUUUGUGCAUGAUUCGUCGGGUGGAAUACACAUUGAAGAAGAUGACGGUCAUGGAACAAAGUGUGCAGGACUUGCAGCAGCUGCCAAGAACGAUGCAUGUGUCAUAGGAGUGGCGUACGAGGCAACAUUGGCGUCUUUGCGGAUAUUAGAUGAAUACUUCACAGUUUCUGUUGGCGCUGAUGCUCUCACACAUAACUUGGAUACUAUUGACAUUUACAGCAAUAGCUGGGGAUACCCGGGUAAAGGAUAUGGGUUUGAACCCCUAUAUGACGUAGAGGAGGCCGCAUUGAUUCAAGGAAUACGGGAGGGCCGUAAUGGUAGAGGUGCCAUAUAUCUGUUUGCUGCCGGUAACGACGGGCAGAAUUAUGACGACUGUAACGCUGCAGGACAUGUCAACACUAUAUACACAAUUAGCGUUAAUGCAUUAAAGUCGGACGGCACUCUAGCGAGGUACUCGGAAGAAUGUACAAGUAUUAUGGUCGCAACGUACGGAGGAGAUACAGGCACCAACACGGACGGUUUGAUUGCAACAACAAAGAAAAAUGAUACCUGCACAGACGAUUUUCUAGGGACCUCUGCUGCAUGUCCCAUUGCAGCAGGAAUCGUCGCCCUCUCACUGCAGGCAAAUCCCGACCUGACGUGGAGAGAUGUCCAGCACCUUAUAGCAGAGACAUCAGCUUACGACGGUGUGCCAGGAGAGCUUUAUCAGACAAACGGUAGAGGGAAAAACGUAAGUGUGUCACAUGGAUUUGGCGUGAUGAAUGCUGAUAGAAUGGUUGUAGCUGCAGUAACGUGGAGCACGGUACCAGAGAAAAUAGCCUGUGUUGGCGAAACACAGUCUGUGUACAAAUGUUGCGCAGAGUCCAUUGAGGCUUCACACGAUGUGCAGAACUGUCACAUCAAGUACUUAGAGCAUGUGCAAGUGCACGUGUCCUUUCAAGCAGUAUGGCGGGAGUAUAUUGAGCUUCACCUUGUGUCUCCACAAUGUACGGACAGUAGGAUAUUGCGACAGAGAAGGGCAGACUUUUACACAUCGAGGGUGGAUUGGACCUUUAUGACUGUGUUUAACUGGGGAGAAGAUCCGACAGGAAACUGGACUAUCAGAAUGGACGAUUUUAUCGCAUGUGAUAAUGUGAUACACUUGUAUACUUGGACUCUCACAUUGCAUGGAACUAUUACAGACCCACAAGCCGGAGUACCAGAAAAUGGUACUCUUGGUGGACACUGUGAUGCCAAUGUUAACUGUCAUGGUGGUAUGGACUGUCUCCUAAACUACAACCUGUGUGUACAUUGUAAUAUUUCGGAUUACAGGGUUGUCAAUGGCUACUGUGCUAAAGACAGAAAGACGGACGGAUACUGUGAUGUCAACAACAUAUGCGAGGAUGACCAGUCUUGGUGUAAUGCCAAUAACUACUGUGAAGCAUGCGAGACUGGUUUGCGUAGAUACGACGACAAUUGUUAUGAGGAUGGCAAAUUGGGUGGAUACUGCGAUUUAAGUACAUUCUGCACAGGGCCUAAUGUGGGCUGUAAUUGGUUACUCGGCCGCUGUGUAAACUGCAGCAACGGUUACCGUGUUGUAAGUGGAUAUUGCACAGAAGAUGGAACAAUUAGUGGAUACUGCGAUACAGAGAUAGCAUGUAACACAGAGAGCAAUCAGUAGCAUGUUCUCCGAGUAACAACUUAUGUGAAAGCUGAUAAUUAUGGACAACACAUUAUAGACGGAUUCUGUAUCGAUGACGGAACGUUGCAGUGAAACGGUGCUGUGUACGGAUGGAGGUAGCGGCUGUGACCUACAGUUAAACAGGUGUGUCACAUGUAUUGUAGAAGGCUUCCACAUCGUAGACAGUGUUUGCAGACAAGAUGGUGUCCUGCAUGGUUAUUGCAACGAGACGGUUGUAUGCGAACAAAAUGUUGGGUGUGACCCUGACCGGCACGUUUGUGUGGACUGUUCAUCACCAGGGUAUCAUGUUACAGGAGACGGCUUUUGUAGACAAGAUGGGGAGGUGGAUGGAUACUGUGAUACCAAUAUUGCCUUUAGACCAGAACGCUCUGGUUGAUCAGCACAAAACGACAUAUGUGUCAUUUGUUAUGCAGGGUACCACCUGCACGAUGGAUAUUGUGUUGAAGGUCAAUACAGCAAUGAUGAAAUAGGAUCGGAAGACACAGGGCCAAGUGGCGGUAUCAUCGCCGGUUCGUUGUUUGGUGGAAUAGCAUCUGGGAUAGCAAUAACUGCUCCAUUAUUUGUUCUCAUGUUGAAGAAAGUUUUGAUCGCAAAAAUUAAUCCGAUCAGCCAGAAUGGUUACUGUGAUUACAAGCCGCAUGAGAACGGAAAUAGUCAUUUUAAAAACUCUCGUUAACACACUUCCUAUUUGAUUCUAAAUUCACAUUGUCAGGUAUUUGGUGAACAUUGGCUAAUCUAAUUAAGAAUUCUAUCUUCUGAAAACCAUAUCCUGUGAGUUUGAAUUGAUAAAAAACUUUAGACGGGGAUUUUCCUUUAUGAAUCUCAGAUAUUUUGGGUAAAAACUGUUCGGAAAAUCCUUGUUUUGUUCCAUUAGUGGUUGAAAAUUUAAUUGUGGUUGAAUUGUCAUAUGUUGCUGUGAACUCGAUGAAAUUAUUAUUUUUGCAUUUCUAACGGUUUCGAUAGCACAUAUGAAAACCAUUAUAACUGUGGGUCAGAAAUAACAAAAACAAAUACUACACUUAAUAUAUAAGACAAAAUAUUACUGGUUAAUAAAUAUGAUGCUGUUGCUUGAUUUUUCAAUUUCGCGUGCCGUAUUUAAUUUAGGGACAUUCUACUAUGAUGUGUCAACAUACCCUUAUUAUGUUGACACAGUAUAGCGUGUUGAAAUAGAUAAAAAUAGAUAUUUGAAUAGAUAUAACUGCUAUUUAUAUCAUUAACUGAUUAUAUAUGUCCUGACUGUUGGAUACUGAACUAUAUAUCUAUACUUGUUUACAACACUAAUAUGAAGAUUGUUUUAAUAUGGCGUGUAAUGUGUUGCAAUAUUAUAUCUUCUAUAAUUAUUGUCUAUCUUUAUAUAUUUAUUCAAUGUCUUGAAAUACUUAUUGUAAAACAGAAAUAUUUUUUCAAUGCUUUCAUAUAUAUUUUCUCUUUUGAAAUAAUUAUUGUAAAACUGAAAAAAUCUGCAAUGCGACAAAAUAUUUAUGAAAUGUUUUCAAUUUAUUUAUUCGAUCCUACAAAAUAUUUUUUGCAAAAUAAAAAUAUUUAUUGUAUAUCACGAAAUAUUUAUUCUAAAAUUUAAUAUUUUUAUUCAAUCCUACAAAUUUUUGUUCGAUGCAACAAUAAUAAUUUUGUGUAAAACGUAAAUAUUUUUUCUAUCUGCUUAAAAAUAUUUGUUCGAAAGAAUUUUGGGUAAUUCUGAGUAAAUUGCUAUAUUGAGGCCAACUGCGGCGCAUUUUAUUAAUACGCCCGUUUUGAAAAAACGGACGUAUUAUGUGCUGCCGCGUGCGUCCGUCUAUUCGUCUGUCUGUCUGUCCGUCGGUCAUAAUUCGUGUCAGGAGCAUAACUUUAUAACCAUUAAAGUUAUUGACUUUAAUCUUGGCAUAUAGGUAGAUGGCGAUGAGACGAUGUGCAGAGCACUUAAACCGGCUCUGUAGGUCAAAGGUCAAGGUCACAAACUGAGCUAAAAGGUCAAAACUGACCCAUCAUAUUUCGUGUCCGGAGCAUAGCUAAAUAACCAUGCAAGGUAUUGACUUCAAACUUGGCAUGUAGGUAGGUGGCGAUGAGACCAUGUGCAGAGCACUUGAACCGGCUCGUAGAUCAAAGGUCAAGGUCACAAAUUGAGCUCAAAGAUCAAAUUUGUAUGUUUUAUUUCGUGUCCGGAGCAUAACUUAUUAACCAUUCAAGGUAUUGACUUCAAACUUGGGAUGUAGGUAGGUGGUGAUGAGACGAUGUGCAGAGUGCAUGAACCAGGGUGGUAGGUCAAAGGUCAAGGUCACAGCAAGGUCAAAUCUGCCCAUCAUAUUUCAUGUCCAGAGCAUAACUUGAAAACUAUUAAAGGUAUUGACUUGAAACUAGGAAUAUAGGCAGGUGUUGAUGCAGACUGCAACAAUCUACAUUGCACCCCUCCGCCCCACCAAAAAAACUUUUUUUUUCAUAUACAGCCCCACCCCCAGUCUACAUUGACCCCUCCCCCGCCCCAACAAUUUUGUUUUUCUUUUUUUCAUUUAGCUUCUUGCCAUUUAGUAUUAUGUCACGCCCCACCCCCAACCCCCAACCCCCCACCUACCCCCACACCCCCAUUUUUUUUUCAUUUAGUUUCUUGCUCUUUAUUAGCAAGCUGUCCCCUGUCACCAGCACCGCGCACACACACCCUUCUCCCCCUCCCCUCCCACCCCCUCACAUGCCCUACCAAAAAUAAUUCUUUAAAUAUGCUUUUUCUUUAAAUGUUGCCCUCCACCUCCUCUGAUAUAACCUUUCGGACGUUUAUUGCCCCACUUGGCGGAGCUCUUCUUUGGUAUAUCCUCGAUGAUAAGAUCUAUACCCCCUAACGUUUUAUACUGAUGAAAUCAGUGAUAAGCAUAAAAGAAUUGUUCUAUCAUUGAGGUAAUAAAAUGCGCGCAGAUUGGCAGCUGAUAUGGCCGCAUGGCCGCAGAAUAGGGAUGUCCACAAAAAAGCAAUUUACCCAGACUUCUUCUGAACAAAUAGAAUGAAUAUUUACGUUUUACACAAAAUUAUUAUUGUUGCAUCGAACAAAAAUUUUGUAGGAUUGAAUAAAAAUAAAUAAAUAUUUUGUGACAUACAAUAAAUAUUUUUGUUUUAUUGAACAAAUAUAUUUUUUUUGCAAUAAAUAUUUUGUAGGAUUGAAUAAAUAAUUUGAAAACAUUGAAUACAUAUUUGUCGCAUUGCAGAUGUUUUUUAGUUUUACAAAAUAUAUUUCAAAAGAUAGAAAAAAUAUAUGAAAACAUUGAAAAAAUAUUUCUGUUUUACAAUAAGUAUUUUAAGACAUUGAAUAAAUAUAUAAAGAUAGACAAUAAUUAUAGAAGACAUAAUAUUGCAACACAUUACACGCCAUAUUUUAAGGUUGUAAUCAUAGUAUUUUUCAGCGCGAACCUUUUUGGACAUCGCGUGUUUUGGUCGCGCGAAAUAAUGAAACUUUGGUUUAAAAGGUGAAGUCCAGGCUGAUUUAUGACCACUUUGAUUUGAUUAAAUUUGGUUGAAACACAAAAUAUUUUAAUUGAAUAAAAUUUCAAUCACGUUGGCUCUAAAAUUAGACUAGAUUCUCAUCAUAAAUUUGGUUAUUUGACAGAUUGAUAGAUAUAGACUAGCCACUAGACUGAUAAUAAAGAAUUUGUCACAAAAUUUUAACUUUUGUAAUUUUUCUUUUAUUCUAAAGUAAAAGUGACAAAUUCCAGUCUAUUUUGACAGAGAACUGAUUGUAAUAUUAUAUUUGGACAUAGGAUAUAAACUGGCUAUAUUCACGAUUUCAAAAAUAAAAAUUACAAAAAAUAUAUCAUAAUCUAGGAGCUAGUCUAUGAUAGAUAGAACCAUUUGAUUUUCAAAUAUCUUCACCUCAUGGUUUGCAAAACAAUGUCAUAUAGUUCUUUGAUUUGAUGAAUUGAUUGGUCAUGCAGCAAAGAAUGACAUCUUUCUGACUUAAUUAAAACGACCACUAGAAAUGUGUUACACUGCUUCUGAAAUAAAUGUACUUUGCUGACCAGAGAUAAAUUAGCACAUUAGUUGAUGAUUUUAACAUUUAAUAAAAUUGUUCUGAAACGUGAUGUUAUGUAUGAUAUAUUGUGUUUGCAUACCAUUUUCUGUGAUAUUUUGUCUGUGAUUUUAUGUAUUAUUCUCUUGUUUUGAAGUGACUCUCAACUAACCAGUAAAUACCUAUUUCCUGUUUUAUAAACUAAAAUGAUGUCUUGUGUAGAUUUGUAUGAUACUGUUUUCUAACAUAGCAUUUGUUAAAUCUAAUUAUAAACAUAAAAAUAAACAGUUUUGUACUGACA